CGAACUGCACUACUGUUAACCAACACCGUAUUAGCUCAAAUGGCGCAUAUGGACCACCCUUUUCUGUAUAUUUGGUCCACUGCACAAAUGACGAACCAGGCUUCACCCGUGGAGGAGCAGGAGAAGCUUCUGGAAGAAGCUUUGAAUGUUGUCAAAGUUCAGGCAUUUCAAAUGAAGAGAUGUCUGGACAAGUCCAAGCUGAUGGACGCUCUGAAGCAUGCGUCUACGAUGCUCGGAGAGCUGAGGACGUCUCUGUUGUCGCCUAAGAGCUACUACGAGCUUUACAUGGCAAUAACAGACGAGCUCCGUCACCUCGAGCUAUACCUCCUCGAAGAGUUCCAGAAGGGACGGAAGGUGGCGGACUUGUACGAGCUUGUCCAAUACGCUGGCAACAUCGUGCCAAGACUGUAUCUGCUCAUCACUGUGGGCCUGGUGUAUAUUAAGACCAAUACCAACUUGAGGAGAGAUCUGCUGAAGGAUUUGGUGGAGAUGUGUCGCGGAGUGCAACACCCUCUCCGCGGCCUCUUCCUGAGGAACUACUUACUACAGUGCACCAGGAACGUUCUGCCCGACACAGCUGAAGCCCAGAACGAAAAUGAGGGGACCGUCAGAGACGCGAUUGACUUCGUACUGAUGAACUUCGCUGAAAUGAACAAACUCUGGGUCAGAAUGCAGCACCAAGGUCAUUCACGUGACAAAGAACGCCGUGAGCGCGAGCGCUCCGAACUGCGCAUUCUAGUCGGUACAAACCUGGUCCGUCUAUCCCAGCUGGAAUCAGUGACAGUGGACGACUACAGACGCCUGGUGCUUCCCGGAAUCCUGGAGCAGGUCGUCAGCUGUCGGGACGCCAUCGCCCAGGAGUAUCUUAUGGAGUGCAUCAUCCAGGUGUUCCCCGACGAGUUUCACCUGGCAAAUCUCCAGCCGUUCCUCAAGUCGUGCGCAGAGCUGCAGCCUGGAGUCAACAUCAAGAACAUCAUCAUAGCGCUCAUCGAGAGACUAGCGACAUACAGCCAGAGAAACGAGGGCAACAUCAACUUAAGUGUGGUGAUGGAAGACGGCAAGGAGCAAGAAGUCCAAUUGUUUGAAGUGUUUUCAGACCAAGUGGCUGCCAUUACUCAGAGUCGCACCGAUAUGCCUGCCGAAGACAUGCUAAGCUUGCAGUUGGCACUACUGAAGUUAGCCCAGCGCUGCCACCCGGACAAACUCAACUACGUCGACCGCGUGUUAGCACACACGGAUAAGAUAUGCCAGGAUAUACACCAGAACAGCGGCAAAACCCACCUAGAACACAACACGCCAGUCUUCAAGGAACUGAUGAAGAUCCUCAAGCUGCCAGCAGACCAUUACAAGAACAUUCUGACCCUGGUGCAGCUGUCCACAUACUCAGCCCUGAUCAGGCAUCUGAACCAUCCUGGACGGACCAUGAUAGCACUCCAUCUGGCUAAUAUUGUGCUGGAAUCUGACGCUAGCAUAUCUACUCCUGAAGAUGUGGAGGCGGUAUUGUCUAUGGUAGACGUGUUGGUCAAAGACCAGCCCGACCAGCCUACUGAGGAACCGGAUAUGGAAGACUUUAUGGAAGAGCAGGGACUGCUAGCAAGACUCAUCCACCACUUCAAGUCGGACUCGGCGGACCAACAGUACUUGAUCCUAAGCGCGGCCCGCAAGGCUUUACAAGGGGGCGGGGCUAGGCGCAUACAACACACCUUCCCGCCUAUCGUGUUUCACGCCUACAGGCUUGCCUUUACCUAUAAGGACUUGAAAGACCAGGAUGAAAUGUGGGAGAAGAAAUGCCAAAAGAUCUUCCAAUUUUGCCACCAGACCAUCACAAUGCUGGCCAAAGCUGAGCUAGCUGAAUUGCCUUUGAGGCUAUAUCUUCAAGGAGCGCUAGCGAUCAGCGAGAUAGGAUUCGCGAACCACGAGACGAUAGCUUACGAGUACCUAUCGCAAGCUUUCUCGCUGUAUGAAGACGAGAUAUCGGACAGCAAGGCGCAGUUGGCUGCUAUAACACUUAUUAUAGCUACGUUUGAGCAGAUCAACUGCUUCGGAGCGGAAAACGCGGAGCCAAUGCGGACUCAAUGCGCUCUCGCGGCCAGCAAGUUGCUCAAGAAACCCGACCAGAGCCGCGCGGUGGCGCUGUGCGCGCAUCUCUUCUGGAAGGGGGCUAAGGACGGCACACAGUGGCCCCUAAACGACGCAUCCCGAGCGCUUGACUGCUUGAAGAAAGCGGCGCGCGUGGCGCAGCAGUGUAUGGACGGCGGCGUACAAGCGCAGCUGUUAGCCGAGCUACUGGGCAGAUACGCCUUACUACGGGAGAGAGGCAACGCGAGCUUGACCACCAACCUCAUUGACGCUGUAAUCCAAAAGAUCCGCGAAGAGUUAGCCAACUUGGACCAAUCAGAAGAAGUGGAGCAGAUCACUACUCAUUUCCACAACACGCUGCAGCACGUCAAAAGCAGGAUGGAGUGUCCUGACCCAGACCAACUGGGAUACGACGGUUUAGUUCUAUCUUAGGUUUAAAAAAUGCUGAUAUUCAUCCAUUUUUAUUACUGGCAACUUUUGUUGAAGGUAUUUUUGUGACUGGCAAGCAUGUGAUGUCACUUUUAUUUUUAGUGCAGACAACACUGGAAAUUGAGCGUUAUUUUUGUAGUACGAUCAUUUUAGGAAUUCUCGUGCAAUAUUAUAUUUUGUUAACACAUUUUUAGCAUCAGAUUAAUUUAUACGAAUGUUGAAGUAAUUUAGUACAAAAAGUUAUUAUUUCAGUACACCAGUGUAAUUUGUACCACAUGUAUUAAUUGCCUCAGGUAAAUUAGAGGGUCUUGAUACAGCAGUGAACUUUAUGCUUUGAUGAUAAGUUUCAUAAUCAACGGAAUAGUAUUUUGGAUUAGAUUCCAAAAUUG